AUGGGCAACGUGAACUGUGGCCCCCUCGCCCUCUCUCUACAGAUAUUGCUUAAGGCGAGGGAGAUUCGAAUGGAAAAGCAGACAGUUUUACAGUUCUUUAAAUGCAUUAAUGAUCUGGCUCCGUGGUUUCUGCCUACAGGCUCUCUUACCUUACCCCCCUGGGAGAAAUUAGGGCGGGAUAUUCAGUUCGCUGAAGAACAAGGUAUGGGCGUGGAUCCUAUGGUUCGCCCCAUUUGGGAAAUGGUUAGAGCCUGCCUAAAAACCGAAAGUGCGUUAGGUGCAGCCCAUGGACUACAAGAAGCACGCCGUGCUUUCGAACAGGCACGCUCAGAGAGCUCUAGGGAAGCUUCGGAGGCCGGCUUGCCGAGCCAUUCUGAGACAGAGGAAGACAACCUUUAUACAAGCUCAGGAGAGAAAAGGAACUCAAAACCUGGCCCGCAUCACGGUGCAGGACAGGCGGCCCGCCAACCUGCGGGACUGCUGUGUGAUGGCAUGAUGGAGAGUCUGGGGGAGGAGCUCGAGAGAUUGGAGAGUGAACAGCAGGGGACACGCAAUGCCGGUGGGGCGGGGUUGGUCCCGUCUGCCCCUCCUUGGGAGUCGCCUCCUGGGGCGAACGCCCCCUGCGGUUGGGGGCCGCCUCCUCCCUUCCCCGCGGCACUUCCGCAUUCCGGGCGCCGUUCACUUCAUGGCCGUUUAUGGGACGUCUUGCGUAGAGGCCUUACCUCGUAUGAUGCUCCCAGUUUCUACCCGGUCCUCCAGGACCAGGCCGGCACGCCUUAUUAUCAGCCCCUGGACAUGAAAGUGGUUAAGGGAUUAAAAGAGGCAGUUUCGACUUACGGCCCCAACGCCCCCUUUACACAGGCUCUUUUGGAAAACAUAGGGACCACCCCCCUGACGCCUUCGGACUGGGCACAGCUCGCAAGGGCGUGUCUGUCCCCUGGACAGUUUAUGGACUGGAAGGCCUGGAAUGAUGAAUACUGUGGGGAACAGGCUGAAAAGAAUGCUAGAGAACGUAAUGUCAGAUGGAAUAAGGAUAUGCUACUGGGCCAGGGUGCCCAUGCACAUGAUCAAAUCAGGCACCCUCAGGCAGUCUAUGACCAGAUCACAAAGUGUGCAAUCGCUGCCUGGAAACAGCUUGCUAAGCCAGGUGAGCACACCGCGUGCCUCACCAAGAUUGUGCAAGGAACCACAGAGCCUUUCUCUGAUUUUGUAGCUAGGAUGCUUGAUGCGGCCGGUAAAGUCUUCCCUGACCUUAGCGUGGCCCAGCCCCUAAUAAAACAGCUGGUUUUUGAACAGUGCACCAAGGAUUGCCGUGCGGUAAUCACACCGCAUAAGAACAAAAGCUUGGAGGCUUGGACAAAAUUAUGCAGGGAGGUGGGGGGGCCACUCUCCAAUUCAGGCCUGGCAACCUUGGUGAGCGCAUCCAUUAAUGCUGCCCUCAGUUCCCGCACCCCGGCUGCGCGACAGCGAGCACAGGGUAACAGGAAGUGCUUUGCGUGCGGUCAGCAAAGGCAUGUCCGAAGGUUUUGCCCAAAUAAACAGAAUGCAACCGACCAAACCCAGCCGAGUGAGGCGCCCGGCGAAGGGCAAGCGGGCCUAUGCCAACGGUGCCGCAAGGGUCACCACGCGGCAAAGGACUGUCGCUCUGUGUUUGACAAAGAGGGAAAUUCGCUAACUGGACGAAAAGACCUGCAGCCAAAAAACGGCCAGAGGGGGCCCACCCACAAGGCGGGCCCCCUUCCCCUCAGCAGUCCCUUCCCAGGGAUGAUCAACCAAUCAGGGCUACCCCAGGGUCAGCAGGAGUGGACCUCAGUGCCACCUCCGGACUCAUAUUGA